GGUGGCGGGGCGGAGGACGGCCAGGCGGCGCGUGUGACAUAGAAAAGACGGCGCUGGCGAACCGUUCGGCGCGGGGACCCAUCUUUCGAGUGUACGCAAGUUGUGACCAGCGGGCGUAUCUUCCUGCAAGGCGCAACUUCACCUCCGGCGUGCGUACUGUCCUCUGGAAGCGUAGAGCAGCGGGCGCGUCUUCGGCUACGGCGUACGUCAUCUCUUGUGCCAGCGUACAGCAGCGGGCGCAUCCUCGGCUCCGGUGUGCGUGGUUUCCUGCGGCUGGGUUGAGCAGCGGGCGUGUCUUCGGCGGGUGUGGUAGGCGUUAUGCUAUAGAGGCGGAACGAUUCUCAGAGAUGGACGUUCGCGACUGCGGGCACGGUCUAUGCGAAGAAGCGAUCGACGCGGCGGCGAUGGCGGUGACCGUCGUCGUCGUCAAUACGAUGAGCGACAUGUCGUCGUCCUCACGCGACAUGCUGAUGCAGCUCCGUAAACGAAGAGUGUUGUUGCAAAGCGUUGCCGAAGCGCCGGAUUGCGUGGCCACUUGUGAGGCAGUCGUCCAGUUGUGUGCCGCGCUGUCUUCUGGCGUUUUCCCGCGGCAGACCCCGCAAGUUGCGCAUGUCGAGGCCAUGUUCACCCAGAUCGUAGCCGCGUGCACCACGUACGUGGAGAAGAAGGUCACGCACUAUAGGAUGCCAUUGCCAGUGGAGCAGGUGAUCGCUUUCGCGUUGUACGGGUGGGCUUCCGGAGAGACGUACAAGAGCGGCACAUCAGCCUUUGACAUCGGGAGGGCCACUGCACUACAGGCCGUCCGCGACAUGACUUCCGCGCUGAUGCAGGCGUACCCCGACGCGAUCAAGUGGCCAGUGGGCCGUAGACGUGCGCAGAUUCUGCGUGCUUUCCGUGAGAAGGGUUUCCCGAACUGCUUCGGCGCAAUCUACUGUACACACAUCUACAUUGACAAGCUCGCCGGCGCACCUUCGGCCAACUACUACGACCGCAAACAGAAGUUCUCCAUGCAGGCGCAGGUGGUGGUGGAUUUGGAUCUGCGGAUCCUCGACGUCCACCUCGGACACCCGGGAAGUGUGCACGACAUCCGUGUCCUGCACAAUUCCCGGCUGUGGAGGCGUGCAGAAACUGGCGAGCUGUUCGACGCACCUCCAGAGAAUCUGCCGCACGGUGUAGUAACGCGAGGUUACCUGCUGGGCGACAACGGUUAUCCAGUUGCCUGUCCAUGGAUCAAAGCACCCAAUCAAAGCACUGCCAGCAACCGCAGGCCCUCAAACCCACGAUACAGAGAAGAUUAACAAGGCCCCUUCACGACGAUGACAC